AUGGUGAAUCGUCAAAAUCAAAAUCAAAAUGUUGUUCCUCAUGCGGUGCUUGAUCCUGCUCAGAAUCCAGCAUCACCUUACUAUAUACAUUCAAGUGAUAAUCUCGCAGCAACAAUGGUGAAUCCACCUCUGAAUGACAAGAACUACAACGCUUGGGCGAGAUCGAUGAAGCGCGCUUUGGUCGCGAAGAACAAGUUUCGAUUCGUCAGCGAUGAAAUUUCAGUACCAACAGCAACCGAUGCAAACUUUGAGGCUUGGGAUCGCUGCAAUAGCUUGAUCCAUUCGUGGAUUCUUAACUCGGUAACAAUCUCUAUAGCAAAUAGCAUAGUUUUCCUUGAAAAUGCAUGUGAUGCUUGGAGAGACUUGCGAGAUCGAUUUUCUCAAGGGGAUCUAGUUAGGAUUUUCGAAUUGCAUAAUGAAAUCAGUAAUUUGAAGCAAAAUUCAAUGUCUGUGAGUGAGUAUUAUACUGAGUUGAAGAUACUCUUGGAGGAAUUGGAACAUUAUCGUCCAAUUCCACAAUGUAGAUGCACUGUCCCUUGUAGAUGUGAUGUUAUUGAGAGUGUGAAGUUGUUCAGAGAACAGGAUAACGCUAUCAGAUUCCUUUUAGGGUUGAAUGAUAGCUUUGGAGUGGUGAAAUCACCGAUUCUAAUGAGUCAUCCUCUACCGUCAUUAGCUAAGGUUGUUUCUCUAGCCACACAACAUGAGAGGCAAACUGAGACAGAAGAGAAAGGAGAUUCACUAACAAUAGUGAAUGUUGCAGAAGGAAAGAAACCACCAUAUGGAAAAGGUCAAUUUGGUGGUUCUUCCUACAGAAACACAAGAAAAUUUUGCACUCAUUAUUAUGAUGAUGUUUACUCACAAAGAGGAGUUGAAGAACCUUUUACUGCAUAUCAGUAUAAAAGAAUCAUAGACAUGAUUCAUCAUGAGACCACAGCUUCAAAGAAAGGAUCAGAGAAUGGUAGUGCUUCUGAAGUGCAAACCAAGAGGAGGAUUGGUUUGGGUAGUUUGCAGCCUGAUGAACUCUAUCACCUUGUAGUUAGUAGUUCUUCUAGUACCUGUUUUUCAAUUCAGCAUAGUUCUAUUUCUGAAAUAAAUGACUUUAGUCAUAUCAUUCCACCUGGUGCUUUAUGGCACUUCAGGUUAGUGCACUUAUCCCAUGAUAGACUACUUGCUUUACACACUGUAAAUAAUUCCAUUGAUGUUAGUAAGUCCAUUGUCUGUGAUGUUUGUCAUUUGGCCAAACAAAAGAGAAAAAUGUUCACUGUUAGCUUUAGUAAAGCACAAAAAUGCUUUCGCCUGGUUCAUAUGGAUAUUUGGGGUCCUCUUGCUCAAGCUUCUGUUCACAAUCACAUGUAUUUCCUCACUAUUCUGGAUGAUUGUAGCCGAUUUGUUUGGGUUGUAUUACUCAAUAACAAGGGUGAGGUUCAGCAACAAGUGAAUAAUUUCAUCACAUUGGUUAAGACUCAGUUUGGACAGACAGUAAAAGCUAUCAGAAGUGACAAUGGGCCAGAAUUUCUUCUUCCUGCAUUCUAUUCUGCUCAGGGCAUUGUUCAUCAAAGAUCUUGUGUGAGCACCCCUCAGCAGAAUGGGAGGGUUGAGAGGAAGCAUCAGCAUAUUCUCAAUAUUGCAAGAGCUUUAUUGUUUCAAUCUAAACUGCCUAAGAAAAUGUGGUGUUACUUUGUGUUGCAUGUUGUAUUCCUUAUGAAUAGGAUACCUAGUAAGCUUUUGAAGAAUAAGUCACCAUAUGAGUUGCUAUAUCAAGAAGCAGUGGAUCUGGAAAUGAUGAAGGUCUUUGGAUCACUUUGCUUUGCUAACAAUCUGGCAAAUAACAGAUCCAAAUUAGAUCCAAGGGCUAGGAAAAGCAUUUUCUUGGGAUACAAGCAAGGAAUGAAAGGUUAUGUCUUGAUGGAUCUUAUAUCACAAGAAAUUUUUAUCUCAAGAGAUGUUAUCUUCCAUGAGCAUGUGCUGCCUUACAAAGGUUCCAACUCACCUGCUUGGAAUUGUCUUGAUCUACAAACACAUGGAGAUUCUACAGGUGAGAAACUGAAUGUUGCUCUAGAAAUUUAA